UUAGUGAAGAUCGUAGGAAGUUCUAUUUAGGUAGGUAUUUCUAUUUCCAGUAUUUCUACAUAAGAAUGGAGGCUAUUGUUAUUAUUUUUAUUGUGCUACUUUUAAUCUGACUUCUACAACCUGAAAUAUAUAAUUUAGGACCCUAUUAAAGCAUUAUCUUAAGCAAGUGUUUUUCAAAUCUAUAAAAAUAAAAAAAUAUUUUUGUCUUCAAGUGUAUGAUAAUGUAUUUCUACACUUCCCUUUCUUUUAUAGUAUUUUUUCCUCUGUUUUCGACUUUUAUUUUUAUGUUCUCUCUUUAUCAAAAACAUAAUCUAACUAGCUGCUGUCUGUGCUUGCUGAAUGGCGCGUGGCCAUAACCCUGAUUGCAAUAUCUUAUCGUACCCUACGUCACUUCAUGAAUUUAAUCAAAAGUGCAAAAAUGCCAAGCUUAUCGAGCUUUCUUACCCAAAGCCUCCCGACCAAAACUCAGUAGUCAGCCAUGAGAAACUGCUCAUUCAGUUCCUUUACCUUCUUGACAAAUUUUGAGUGUUUCGUUUUUAUGGCGUCAUUGACAACUUUUAAAUUAAAAAUGAUCACGACUCUUGGGUAGAACAUGAAAUCGAUUGAGACCCGGCUGAAGAAUCGAUUUGGAAAAAUAAUGGUGAUGGAUAACCCACCCAGCCCGAGCAGCAGUAUCCAUCGGAUGGGCCGGAGUACUUCCCGCCGAAACUCAGCCACACACAGAACGCCACAGGGAGGCGACGAGGCCGACAACCAGGGUCGCCUUUUCUGGAACAGCCGGAGAAACUCGACGGUCGGAGGCAAGGAUGAUCGGCGCUCCAAGGUCGACUUGGGGCAGGGCGGGAAGAAGAAGCCGCCCUCGGCAUCACCGAGGCAGUCGGCCUACACCCAGACGGAUUUGGGCCGAAAGCGGACGACUCGCAAGUUGAAUACGCGGAACACGCGGUGCAAUUCGUUGCCAGCCACGGCCCUUACCAGCAGGGAUACCAUCCGGAAUAUACCCGGUAAGCGCGGCUAUAGGGCCCAGAUCGACCCCCGACAUUCGAACUUAGCCAAAAUUAACUCGGCCCCGUUGAUGGUAGGGAACAGGAGGCCGGAGGAGCUGACCGCCCGGUGCAGUGCGUCGCACGAGGGCCGCAAGCUGCUGCAGGAGCGACUGAUGGUGCGGGUCGACGCACUGUUCAACUUGCUCUUCUCAGCCUCGCCGUUCCUGCAGGGCUUCCACGAUCGGCGCAAAUCCACCGAUCUGCGCAUGGGCGGAUGGGUGCGGAACGCCGCCGGCCAGAACGAGCGCAAGGUCUCGCUGACCAUGGCCCUUCAGGCGAACGUCGGCCCCAAGUCCGUCAAGGUCACCGAGACUCAAGUCAUGCGCGAGUGCAGUGAGCCCGGGCAACUGUACUCCAUCGAUGUGCAGAGCAUCCACGCAGAGAUCCCCUACGCGGACGCCUUCGUGGUCCUGAUGCACUUCUGCCUCAAGGCCACGGUGGAGGAAUACACGGACUUUCUCGUCUUUGGCCAGAUCAAGUUCCUCAAGUCUGUGUGGGCGGUGGUCAAGGCUUUCAUCGAGAAGAACACGUACGCGGGACUCGAGGAGUUCUGCCAAUCCCUGUACAGCGCUCUGCUCAUCGAGAUUAGAAAAAAGCAAAGCUAAUCCUUUCGGAGGUAUACAUAACUAACUGGAAGGGCUAUAUACCCGAGUCCCCUGCAAGAAGGAUAAUUGAUUACAAGGAUACCGAUUAGCCAGCACUCAAAUUGGGAUUGUGGCAUACUUGAUAGAGGUAAUAAUAUCAAUCUUUUAGUUUUACAUAAUGAAUCGCGAAUUCCUCAGCACAAGAUGAUUGAACAAGGACCAUUCUACGAUUUUUAGUUGUAAUAAUUAAAAGCCCCAAAUAAAUUGUUAAACAAAA